AUGCAGAGCCAAAUGAUGCUCAUGCAGGCUAUGGAGCGCUACGGGAUGCUUGAUCUCGCAAAUAGUGCGCUUGAGCAAUGCUGGGACAUAUGUUAUGACCGUAACCUCACCCGACACGAAUUAGUUGAAGGGGUUCUACCGGACGCUAAACUACAAAAGAUGGAGGCUUGCCAGCGGAAGUGCAUCGCACGGCACUUUGAGGUUAUGCGUUUGAUGAACGCUUCGAGGGAGCAACGGGAAAAAGAGAUGCUGCAAGGGCUGCCCCCGGGAUCCCUCGGUAUGGAGUAG